AUGGAUAAACCCAUCAUCCUCUGGCAGACUAGGCCUGAGAUCUCUACUGAUGACGCCGGCACGACGAUAGCCAGUGUUGUGCUCCCUCCACCCGCCCUCUACGAUCCAGGACCUUACGAGAAGUCUAUGCUGGAACCGACAGCACAUCUGCGCUACGUCCCGUCUCUGGCUUAUUUCUGUAUCCAAAAAUUGAUUGAAUAUGCUGAUCAAUGUGACUUCGGCCUCUGGUCUUCGCGAUACGAACGGCCUGCCUCAUUUCUUUCGUACGACAUCCUCCGCGCCCUCAUCCCCUCAUACCUUCCCGCUACUGAUGCGACUUCACAUGACGACAUCCGGAUGUCUGAAGUGGACCCACGCUUAUGGGCUGUUAUACUCCAAGUCUUCACGGAAGUACCCGAUGUCAUGCGCAUUUAUCCUAUUGCACUCUCCGAUAAGCACCUGCCUCUCCUCCAGCGCAUACCAUCAACUUCCAAUUACUCCCUUCUGACGGCUCUCCAACUUCCUGGAUGCACUCACCUGACGGACGAUACGAUAAUCCAGCUCAAGGCUUUGAAUGGACUUUGUGCGUUCGAUGCCAGCGAGACGAAGCUGACUGCACAGGGCAUCUCUCGACUUGCAGGCACGAUGUCAUGGUCUCUAGAAGGUGACCGGGAUCAAAGACGAGGCCCGUGGCAACUUCGUAUCCUGCGGCUGCGUACUUCUAGGGCGCGGUCUCCACGACCACAACUGUCACGCAGCAAUCUACUAGACGUUCGACCAUCACCGCCACCGCCACCGCCGGCACGUUAUGCUGCAUCUACCCUCGGUUUGCUUCCACAGAUCUAUCAGCCACACCUGCUCUUACAUCCCGACUCCAUUGGACUCUCGAUCACGCUACAUCUGAACAGGGCCAGUACCACAUACAACAAGCAGCACCUAGUGGUGCUCAACUUCGACUCCUUUCCGACGCGGAUGCUCAGAUAA